GUAUAAACAGGAGAGUUAACUUUGUGUCUUCAGAGGCUUUCAGGAGCGAAAGUAAUUAAACUAAACAGGAAGAAAUGAGCAUCGGGGAAAAAUUACAAGAGUUACUGACACAGUAUGUUGUGGACACUCUGAUCUACAUUCACAUAGUAAUAAACUUCUGUGAGAGAGAUUCUCUAGAAGAAUGGAUAUGUCAGAUGAAGAUAGAGCUGGAGACAAUGAAAGAUAUCAAGCAACAAGCAGACAAAAAUAAAUUUGUCCAUGUAAAGAACUCAGAAAACAAGGCCAGGGCCUUUAAAGAGUACGUAGAGGCUAAUGUAACAGCGGACUCCACACAAAAGAAACUGGAGAAGAAGCUGGGUGCUGUCCUGAUAAACACAUUUGAGGAGCUGCAGAAACUUGACCACUUCUUGGAUGCAGUGGAAAAGCUAGCAGUUACCUCUCUAUCUGUCUUUACUGAUCAUAGUGUCCUGCUGAAUGAAGGGAGCCUUGCUAGUGUGCGAUCACUCAUCACAACUGCCAGAAGGGCGUCUCCUCUUCUUAUCCACUUUAAACGAAAUAAUGAAACAUUCUUCCUUCCUAUUCUCGAUAAUGUGGAAGUCCUGGCCUUUCAGCUAGAGAAAUACAUAUGCAUUGCUGAACAGCUUUGUAAUACAAUAUCUGAGCAAGAUUUGUGGUCUGCAUACAACCAUGGAUGGAUGAAGGAUAAGCCUUUAGAGAAGUUCAGUCUGAAUAUCAAUGUCAGCGAGAAAAUGCUUAAUCAUUUAAACCAGUUAAGCAAAAUUAGGAUGGACCAGCACACCAGGAUGGCAUUCAUUUUGAGGAAAAAUGCUCUGCUGUUCAUUGGUUUGUUCAGUAAGCAUUGUUCUAGCAUGCAGCAGUUCCUGUCAGAUCUGGAGGAAAGUGCAGUUCAGCUGGACAGGAUGAAGAUGGGGGGCAGUAUCUCCACUGUAGCUGGUAGUUCAGUGGGGAUAGCAGGAGGUGUCUUGUCCAUUGUUGGCAUUGCUCUCGCUCCUGUCACUGUUGGGGUGUCUUUGGCUCUCACUUUUGCAGGGCUUGGUCUGGGAGUGGCCAGUGGUGUCAAUAGUUUGGUCACAGGUAUUACUGAAAGCGUAGUCAACAAUUACCAUUAUAAAAGGGCACAAAGAGUUUUCCAAGAAUUUAUCCGUAAUGUGGAAAAGAUUCAAGCCUGUUUGGAACAGGACUGUGUAAAUCAUGUAGAGGACAAUGAUGUUACUGGAGGAGUUAUCGGUGAUGUUCCUAACCUGGUGAAUGAGGGGAUGGCUGAAACUGCAGCAAAAAUAGGGCUGCAGGAGGCACAAAAUGCUCGUAACAUUCCCAUGCUCGUUACAGACUUGCCUGACAUUGGGCAAGUGGCAAAAGGGACACCACUGGCACUCACAAAGUCAGCUAGAGCUGGAUUUAUCACUUUACAUGCCCUCUUUAUUGGUAUAGAUAUCUUUUUCAUUUGCAAAGACGGUAUAAGUCUUGCAAAAGGGAGCAAGAGUGAAACAUCUCAGCUCAUCCGCUCCAGAGUAACUCUGUGGAAAUCUGAACUUGAUGCCUGGCAGAAGAUUUAUGAUUCUUUAUGCAUAGGGAUAUGGAGGUAUAGGAAGAGCCAGAAAAUGCUGGAACAACCAUUUUAUCCUUAUAAGAAGAGUAUAAUAAUGAGAAUAUGGGAAAUGUUCAUAUAUAUUAAAAAUAAGAUUUGUUUGAAGUUGAAAAAAAUUAAGAUGUGCAUUAAAUCUUUAUAUUUGAAAUUGUUAGACCAGUUAGACCAAAUAUUUUAAUGGCUUCCUUGAGCAUGUUUGAUCAAGACUUAGCAAUAUGUUAAAACAUGAUUGAGAUGUUUGCUUGAUUCACAGCACACAAAUAUUUUAAAAUAAAAUAUAAAAAAGUAAUAAAAAAGUAAAAAUAGUUUUGAAUGAAGUGUUUGCUUUUGCAAAGAUGUGUUAGGAUUUGCAUUUUGUGUUGAUUUUUGGUAGUAUUGUGUGUAGAGUUUUGAGAAAUGGCGCCAUAGUGUCAGAAAUUAUGUGUAAGUAAUUUAAAAAAAUGUAAAGCCAUAAACCACUUAGGUGAUCUUAGCUUAUU